CGACGAAGCGUAAUGUUGGCUGAUGGUGACUUUAGACAGCAGUUUAGAGUGAAUUUUAAAGUGGAUUAGUGAAAAGUAUGUAAUGAUGAACAGAAAACAGUAAAAUUGUUUAAAAAAUAUUUUCAGAAGAAUGAAAUGCAUUCUUUUGUUUGAAGUGUUUAUCUUGUUGACUUUUGUGAUACGAGGUUCAAAAUCUCGAGGACCAGAUAAGUAUGGAUUUCGAAGUUCGCGACAUCGACCACCCCCGCCAAACCGAUCGAGUUCUCGACCAACACCCUCGAGACAUCCAUCUAAACCUAGUCAGCAUUACAAUCAGUAUUCCGGCUCACAGAGCAAUAAUGAUGAGAACCAGUACUAUCAGCAUGGUCAUAGACGAAAAUUUCGAGAGGAUAAACCCCUCCUUGACCACGGUGAUGAUGACGAGUUGAAUUCUGGUCAAGUCUAUUUGACUACUGGGACAAGGUCUAACAGCUAUUAUAACACGAGACGCCACCAGUCUCCACGUGAAAACCAAAGACUCCACCGGAUAGGUUAUUCAGAACGAGGCACGAAAUUAGCACAUAAAAACAGUCAUUCUGAGAGAAAACGAUACGACGAUGAUUUCAACUCUUGGAAUCAGCAGUACCACGGCUACCCGUAUAUUGAUGAGAACGAGGAGUACCAUCAAAUUCCCCCCCGCAAAAAAAAUUGGACACAACAAUUCGACGAAUACGCCGCAGUCGACAUCACUAACGUUCCCCCACCAACCAUCACGCCUGAUCGAGAACCGUUUGAUGUUUCCGAUAUUAAAGUGUCGACAUCAAUCUUACGAAUUGAGUACAUGAUUUCAUUCGCAUUUCUGGGACUAAUGUACGGACUUGGUUUUUUGGUCUUGUUUCAAAGUCUAUGUGUACCAACAGCAAAAAUUGCAGUUUAUCUGGUGUACUAUGCCCUUGUACGAACUGGACGAGUUAGACCAUAUACCAUUCAGGAUGCUUUGGAACAAGUCCCUCCACAAAAAUGAUGUGCUCUUAAGUGUGAGAUUAUUACUUUGAAGUUCAAUUGACUUAAAACGAGUAUAUUUAUAUUUUAUAUAUACAACGAGGCGUGUGUACGUUAAUAAUUGUCAUCCUAA